AUGGCAACCGACCCGGAAUUCGAGUUUACAGCUCUCGACGCGAUAAGACAGUCUGGUAUAGUCAUUGCGAGUGAUGGAGCUGAGUAUCUCAAAAUCAAAGAAUUCAACCCAAUAGACGCAACAUCCAACCCCUCCCUCGUCUCUCACGCACUCUCCAAACCCGAAUACGCCCACAUCUUCACAGACGCCGUUCACUAUGCGUGUUCCACGCUGCCAACGGCGUCGUUGAAUGAACAAACCGACUUAGCAAUGGAUAAAUUGCUCGUACAAGUGGGCGCGGAGAUCCUCAAUAUCAUACCAGGCCGCGUAUCCGUGUCUGUAGACCCUCGGCUGGGAUACGACUAUCAUGCCAUUCUCACCAAGGCCAAAUCCCUAACAUCCCUCUUCAACUCCCUCUCCCCGCCCAUCCCCCCCUCCCGCUUCCUAAUCAAAAUCCCAGCAACAUACCCAGGCAUUCUUGCCGCACACACCCUCGAGUCCCUCCCAUCCUCACCGAUACACACGAACCUCACCCUGGUCUUUGGACAGGUACAGGCCGUGGCGUGUGCCCAGGCGGGAGUGAGCGUUGUAUCGCCUUUUGUUGGAAGGGUUAAGGAUUGGUGCGAUGCAAGGGCUCGUCUUGGUCUCGAUGAUGUCGGCCACAUUUCUGACGAGAGGAAGAAACCAGCUAUAGAAACACACCCAGGCCUCAACCUCCUCCGUGACAUCCGAAACGCGUACACUCAACUGGGGACAAAAACCCAAAUCAUGGCAGCUGGAUUUCGAAGUGUCGAUGAGCUUGUUGAGGUGGGGAGGCAUGGAAGCAAGGGGGGACCGGAUUUAGUUACGCUUCCUCCCGAGUUGUUGGAUGGGUUGAGGAGGAGGGAGGGGGUUCGAGCCGACUCGACGUUGUCCGACUCUAUAUCACCGCCAUGGGCCCUACCCACAUCCACGAUACCAGUCUACUUCAACCCCACUUCCCCAGACCCAGACGGCACCCUAUUUGAAAAUGCGCUAAAGGAAGAAGGCGGGAUAGCGCUUGAUAAAGUCCCCGAGGGCCUGGAGAAAUUUAGUAGGGAUGCGAGGAAGCUGGAGGGGAGGGUUAGGUGUGCGUUGGAGGUUUUGAGGGAGGCAGAAGCGCGCGGGAAAAGUCAGAUGGGGGUGGGGCAGACGUCAACGUCAGAUGCCUGCGAGAAUGGACAAUUGGAUAGAACGACGACGACGUUGGUUGCGAAGAAAGGUCUUGAAGGGAUCGAAUGGGUUGAACAAACGUCGAGUUUGAAUUUGAAUUUGUGUGCUGGGGUUCAGGAGGGCGUUAUCGCUGUAGGCCAGUGUCUUGGUCAGAGUGUCAAGGUGAUAUGA